UCGCCGUGGCCACGCCCCCCUCCGUUGCCAUGGUCACGCCCUUCCUGCCGCGGCCGCCAUCUUGGAUGAGGGCGGAAGCGGCGGCGGCGGCGGCCUGAGAUGACCAUUCACAACCUGUACAUCUUCGACCGGAGCGGGACGUGCCUGCACUACAGUGAAUGGCACCGGCGGCGGCAGGCCGGGAUCCCCAAGGAGGAGGAAUUCAAGCUCAUGUUCGGGAUGCUUUUCUCCCUCCGCUCCUUCGUGAGCAAGAUGAGCCCCACGGACAUGCGGGACGGGUUCCUGUCCUUCCACACCUCCCGCUACCGGCUCCAUUACUACGAGACCCCGAGCGGGCUGCGCCUCGUGCUCAACACGGACCUGGGCGUGAGCAGCGCCCGCGAGGCCCUGCAGCACAUCUACAGCAACGUGAGUGCCUCAAACGGACCCAAAACUGACCCAAACGGACCCAAAACCGCCUCAAAUAGACCCAAAACCGCCCCAAACGGACCCAAAACGGACCCAAACGGACCCAAAACCGCCCCAAACGGACCCAAAAGCACCUCAAAUAGACCCAAAACUGCCCCAAACGGACCCAAAACGGACCCAAAACCGCCCCAAACGGACCCAAAACCACCUCAAACGGACCCAAAACCGCCCCAAACGGACCCAAAACCGCCUCAAAUAGACCCAAAACUGCCCCAAAUGGACCCAAAACCACCUCAAAUAGACCCAAAACUGCCCCAAAGGGACCCAAAACCACCCCAAACGGACCCAAAACCACCUGAAAUAGACCCAAA